UUUAUCGUUUCCAUCAAAUCAGUGUAGCAAACAGCAUGGCGUCACCAUAUCAAAAGCUGAUCAAUGAGCAGAGAGACACAGAAAACUUUGUCAAAGAGGUUACUCUUGGUAGAAGAAUAGGGUAUUAUACACUUGCACAGACUCUAGGUAAAGGUGCUUUCGCUGAAGUCAAACUUGGAAAUCAUCUCCUUAUGAAUGAAAAAGUGGCUGUUAAAAUAACUGAGAAAGGAAAACAUGGUUGUGGCAAAACCCUGGAAAUAAUGAGGCAAGAAAUUGGUGCUAUGGAGAAGCUGGACCAUCCUAAUAUAACAUCUCUCUACGAGGAGAUAGAAACGCUUGAUAAAUUCUACUGCAUUUUAGAAUAUGUUGAUGGCGGGACACUACAGGAUUAUGUUAAGGGUAAGUCACGAAGUGGAGUGUGCACAAUCACAGAGCAUACAGCCCGAUUCUUCUUCAUCCAAAUACUGGAUGCUGUGAACCACAUGCAUAGGUGUGGGGUAUAUCACCGAGAUUUGAAGACCGAAAACAUUCUUAUGGAUAAAGAUAAGACGAUAAGAGUUGCUGAUUUCGGAAUAAGCACUUGUGAACGAGGUUUAAUAACUCAACAUUGUGGGUCGCCCGCCUACUGCCCUCCAGAGAUCUUCAAGAAGAUUCCCUACUUGGCUGCUCCCAUGGACGUUUGGGCAUUAGGAUGUAUACUCUAUGAGCUGGGUGCUGGUGGUAUGCCUUUUAGGGCACGUACUAAGCAAGAAAUGACAGACAAAAUCCUGCAGGUUGACUAUGUCAUCCCGGAGAAUUUUAGCGAUAAUCUCAAAGAUCUAGUACAAAAGAUUAUUGUCGGUGACCCAAAAGAUAGGUUUACAUUGAAAGAAAUACGGGGACAUCCAUGGUUAGCAGGAGCAGAAAACAGCACCGAUUUCAGUCCCGAUCCCACAUUGUAUGCGGGAGAGGUUAGAGAUAAGCUGAUGGAUGUUGGGAUCCCAGAGGAUCUGAUCUCCAAGGCGAUGGAACGGGUCAGAAGUAAAGCUGAGCCCAAAGACCCUGUUCAUGGUGAACGUCAGGAAUUUAUCAGCAGAGUCCAGAGAGCUCUAAAAGAUAUUGUUAGAGAUUCCUCGAUCGAACAUCCAGAAUUACACCCUACUGAAGAUCGAAUUAUUUGA